ACUUCAGAGCGAUGCUCUGUAUAAGUCAGAUCUGGAAUGGCUCCGUGGGAUUGGAUGGAUGCCAAGCGGGUCUCCAAUAGUGAAAAGAGUUAAACAUGCCCAGGAAAUCCUGAGUGACAAUGUAUACCGCACUCCUGCUGACCGUCUGAAGUUCACCAACAUCACUGAUACGCCGGACAUUCUCCUUGCUAAAACCAAUUCGGAGCAAAUCAGUAUUCCUAAAUACAGAGAAGUUUGGGAUAAAGAUAAAGUUAUGAUCCAUGUGAUGCCUGACACACCUGAAAUAAUACUUUCCAGGGCCAAUGCUAUCAACGUAAGCAAGAAACUCUACAGGGAAGCUUGGGAUGAUGUAAAGAAAUACAUUGAUUACAGGUCAGAUGCAAUUCCAAUCAAAAGAGCCAAAGCCUCCAGAGAAAUUGCCAGUGAUUACAAGUACAAAGAAGGUUACCGUAAGCAAGUGGGACACCAUGUUGGAUUCCGGAACAUCCAUGAUGAUCCCAAGUUAGUGCUGGCUAUGCGUGUAGCCAAACUGCAGAGUGAGAGGGAGUACAAGAAAUAUUUUGAGAAGUCUAAGACCAAGUUCAGUAGCCCAGUGGACAUGCUGUCCAUCUUGUUGGCCAAGAAAUGUCAGAAGCUGGUUAGCGACAUUGAUUAUCGCCACCACCUCCAUGAAUGGAUAUGCCUGCCUGACCAGAAUGAUGUCAUCCAAGCCAAGAAAGCCUACGAUCUACAGAGUGAUGCUAUUUAUAAAUCUGACCUGGAAUGGCUACGAGGAAUUGGCUGGAUGCCAAGUGGUUCUGUCUCUGUCAACCAUGUCAAACAUGCUCAGGAACUUCUUAAUGAGAGGCUGUAUCGUACCAAAGUUGAUAGCCUGCCAUUUACUCCAGUGGCUGACAGGGUUGAUUAUAUCACAGCCAAACAAGGAGGAGAAAUACUAAGUGAUGUUAAAUACCACCAGGAAUGGAACAGCAUCAAGGACAUUUAUACUCUAACAGAGACACCCCGGUUGCUAGCAGCUAAAGAAGCAGCCAGGAUUCUUAAUCAUUAUCUGUACAAGGACAGCUGGGAGAAGCAUAAAGCUAUUGGCUACACUUUGCCUCCUGACAGCGUGCCCUUUCGUCAUGCCAAACAUUCAGACAAUGUCCAAAGUGAGCUGAAAUAUAAGGCGGAUUACGUCAUCCAAAGAGGCCACUAUGUUGGAGUCAAUAAUAUGAGAGAGGAUCCCAAACUAGUGUGGUUUGAGCAUGCUGGCAAGAUUCAAAAUGACAGAUUAUACAAAGAAUCCUAUCACAAAACAAAGUCCCACGUUCACAUACCUCCAGAUAUACGCUCUGUCAUUGCAGCCAGAGACUGCCAGCACCUUGUCAGUGAAAUUCCGUAUCGUCAUUACCUUCAUGAAUGGACGUGUCACCCUGACCAGAAUGACUGCAUCCAGGCAAAGAAAGCCUAUAACCUUCAAAGUGACAACUUAUAUAAAUCUGAUCUUGAAUGGCUCCGUGGCUGUGGUUGGAUUCCAUUAGAUUCAGUGGAUCACCGGAGAGUAAAGAAGGCUCAAGACUUAGUAAACAAGAGAAUCUACACAAAGGAAGCCAUUGAUAAUUUUGACAAUUUCACAUCCAUUGAAGAUACUCCAGAUGUGGUUUUGGCAAAGACAAACUCAAUCAUUCAGAGUGACCUGAAAUACAAAGAAACCUUCAACCUUCAAAAAGGCCACUACAUUGGUUCUGAUGACACACCAGCUUUGAAUCUUUCCAGACGGAUGGCAAAACUCUAUAGCGAUAUCGUGUACAAGGAUGCCUGGGAAUCAGGGAAGGCAAUUGGUUACACUUUGCCUCCAGACUACAUCCCAAUUGUUGGUGCCAAACAUGCCGAUUAUGUUAACAGCCUGCUCAAAUAUAAAGCAAUGUAUGAGAAGCUAAAGGGCCAUUAUCUGGCUGGGAAACAUAUAGACUUCCCAAGUGUGCUCCAUUCUCUUGCUUUCCAAAAAAUGCGGAGUGCGUUGGCCUACAGGAAGAAUUAUGAAGACACUAAGGCACACAUUCAUAUCCCAAGUGACAUGAUGCAUCAUGUGCUGGCUAAGAAAUGCCAGUAUAUCCUCAGUGACCUUGAAUACCGAACCUACCUGCAUCAGUGGAACUGUUCACCUGAAGAGAAUGAUGUGGUGGUAGCUAAAAAAGCUCAGGAAAUUCUAAGUGAUGUUAUAUACAAGGAUGAUUUGACAUGGCUAAGGGGAAUUGGAUGCUACGUGUGGGACACUCCUCAAAUCCUGCAAGCUAAGAAGUCUUAUGAUCUUCAGAGCCAACUGCUAUACACAAAAGAAGGGAAGGACAAUUUACAGAACUAUGGCGUGGUUACGGACACUCCAGUUUAUGUAACUGCUGUCAAGAGUGGUAUCAAUGCUAGUGAUCUGAAAUAUAAAGAGCAAUACCAUAAAAUAAAGGACAAAUAUACUACAGUGUUGAAAACAGUAGAUCAUGAAAGGAUCCAGAAGCUCAAGCAUCUCUUCAGUAAUAACCUGUACAAGAAAUUAUGGGAUAAAAUCAAGUCCAUCACGUUCAAAUUGCCUCCAGAUGCUGUGCCUUUCGUUCGGGCUAGACAGCUGAAAUAUAAUGCCAGUAUUGUGAAAUAUCGGGAAGAGUAUGAUAAGUUUAAAGCACUCUACACUCUACCUAAAGGUGUUCAGGAUGAUCCCAACACUGCAAGAUGCUUAAGAGUGGGCAAGCUGAACAUUGAUCGCUUAUACAGAGAAGUCUAUGAAAAGAACAAGGCCAAAAUCCAUAUUGCACCAGACAUGGUGGGCAUUGUGUCAGCUAAGAACAGUCAGAAGAAAAUCAGUGAAAUUGAUUAUCGUGUUCAUCUCCAUGAAUGGGCCAGUAUCCCAGAUCCUCAUGCCAAUAUUCUUGCCCGAAAAGUAAAUAAUCAACUUAGUGAUUUUGUAUACCGAGAUGAUCUCAACUGGCUCAAAGGCAUUGGCUGCUUUGUUUGGGACACUCCUGAAAUUCUCCGUGCUAAACACGCCUAUGAUCUUCGUAAUCUUCUCAAAUACAAGGCUGAGGCAGAGAAAAUGAAGAGCAAAUAUUCUGUCGUCACAGACACACCUCUCUAUGUUCAAAAUGUCAUCAGUGGCAAGAAUCUGAGUGAAGCUGUUUACCGCCAUAACUACGUGCAUAAUAUCAAAGGGAAAUAUACGCCAACGGAGAAGACAGUGGAUCUGGAGCGGGCAAAUCGGGCUUACAAAAUACAGAGUGAACCUCUCUACCGGAAUGCUGGCUUGCAUGCUCUUCCCACUGGAUACAAACUCCCACCAGAUACUCCUGGUUUCAAGCUUGCUAAACAUGCCCAAUAUAUUGGCAGUGAUAUAAAAUAUAAAGAAAUUUAUGAACACAUCAAGGGCACCGGUUACAAUUUUGGGCCCAAAGCUGUUCCAUUUGUACAUACAAGGAAAGUCAAUAAAAUCCUUAAUGAGAGACUGUAUCGGGAGACAUAUCACAAAAAUAAAGAUAAGAUUCAUAUGACACCUGACACGCCACAUAUUCGCCAAGUGAAAAUAAACCAAGAAGCUUUCAGUGAUCUUAUCUACAAGACUGAUUUCUUCAGGAUGCAAGGACACUUGAUUUCCUUACCUUUUACUCCACAGACUGUACACAACCGUUACGUUGGAGAAAUUACAAGUGAUAUUAAAUACAAAAGUGAUCUAGAGUGGCUAAGAGGUCUGGGCUGCUUCCUGUAUGAUACUCCUGAUAUGGUCCGUGCACGGCAUUUACGCAAGCUCUGGUCUCAUUAUGUGUACACUGAUGCUGCAAAGAAGAUACGAGACAAAUACUCUUUGGUUCUGGACACUCCGGGGUACAGAAAAAUCCAGGAGCUAAAAACCCAUCUUAGUGAAAUUGUAUACCGAGCUGUGGGUAGAGAGCAAAAGACUAAGUACACAUCAAUCCUUGAUACACCAGAUUACAACAGGGCCAAAAGAGGGCAAAAACUGCAGAGCCAGUACUUGUACGUUGAACUUGCCACCAAGGAAAGACCACAUCACCAUGCUGGAGACCAGACCCCUGCCUUAAAACUUGCUAAGCAUGUGAAAGACUUUGCCAGCGAGAAAAAAUACAGAGCACUGUAUGAUAAACUGAAGGAUAAAUAUGUAACAGUCGCGGAUACACCAAUCCUCAUCAGAGCUAAGAAGGCUUACCUGAAUGCCAGUGAUCUACGCUACAAAGAAACCUUUGAGCGAGCAAAGGGUAAAUACCAUACAGUGAAGGAUGCCUUAGACAUUGUCUAUCACCGCAAGGUCACUGAUGAUGUCAGCAAAGUGAAGUAUAAAGAAAAAUACAUGAGUGAAUUAGGAUUUUGGAGAUCUAUCCCAGACCGCCCAGAACACUACCAUCAUCGUGCAGUCACUGAUGCAGUUAGUAGUGUUAAAUAUAAGGAAGAUUUAACAUGGCUCAGAGGCAUUGGCUGCUACGCAUGGGAUACUCCUGAUUUUGUCCUCGCAGAAAAGAAUAAGGCUCUGUAUAGUCCAUAUAAGUACAAGGAAACAUUUGAAAAGAUAAAAUCCAAGUUCAAUUAUGUUGCUGACUCUCCAAUUAACAGGCAUGUUAAAUAUGCCACUCAGUUGAUGAAUGCGAAUAAAUAUAAGUCUAGUGCCAAGUUGUUCCUGCAACAUGGAUGUAAUGAAAUUCUGCGACCAGAUAUGCUGACAGCAUUGUACAACACACAUCAGUCGAGCCAGUACAAGUACAAAAGGCUGUAUGAAAAGCAGAAGGACAAAUAUACAACUAUUGUGGAUACUCCAGAACAUCUGAGGACUACCAAAGUCAACAAGCUAAUCAGUGAUAUUCUUUAUAAACUGGAAUACAAAAAGGCCAUACCAAAGGGAUAUACCUCUAUUCAUGAUACUCCCAUGAUACUCCAUGUACGGAAGGUCAUGGACAGAAUAAGUGAACUGAAAUACAAAGAACUCUAUCAACAGAACAAAUCUCACUGCAACGUGGUACCAGAUUCAGUUCACAUUAAGGCUGCCAAGCAGGCUUACAAAGUGAACAGCAAUCUGGAUUACAAGAAGAAAUAUGAAGCAACCAAAGCUCACUGGCACUGGACCACGGAAAGACCUGACUUUAUCCAAGCUGCUAAAACAUCCUUGCAACAGAGUGAUUAUGAAUAUAAGCUUGACCGAGAAUAUCUCAGAGGAUGCAAGUUGUCUGUAACAGAUGACAAAAACACAGUGUUGGCACUGCAGAAUGCAAUCUUGGCAAGUGAUUUAAAAUAUAAAGAGAAGCACAACAAGGAACGAGGAAGCAUCCUUCCUGUUCCAGACACUCCCCAGAUCCUUCUUGCCAAGAUGGUUAGCUCUCUUGUGUCUGAGAACAAAUACAAAGAGCAUGUGAAGAAACUCCUACCCCAUGGUUCUUUCACAAAAUUGCCAGAAACAAGGGAUACUGUUCAUGUCAAAAAAGUCACCAAGAAUGUUAGUGAGACAAAUUAUAAAAAGAAUUUUCAAAAAGAAAAAGGCAAGUCGGAUUACUCAAUCAUGCUGGAACCUCCUGAUGUGAAGCAUGCCAUGGAAGUGGCAAAAAAACAGAGUAUUAUCGAAUACAAAAAGGAUGCCAAAUCACAGCUCCAUUAUACAACUGUGGCAGAUCGACCAGACAUUAUGAAAGCCACCCAAGUCUCCCAUUUAGUCAGUGAUAUUGAGUACAAAGCCAAAGGUCGUGGAGAAGCUGGAGUAGGAGUCACCAUGCUUGGACGUCCAGAUAUUGAACUUGCCAAAGAAGUGUCCAAACUUACUAGCCAGGUGAAGUACAAAGAAAGGUUCGAUAAAGAAAAGGGAAAGAGACCUCAAUACGACCUGAAGGAGAGCAAGAUCUACAAGACCUUAAAAGAUGCUCACCACAUUGCAAGUGAGGUUAAAUAUAAGGCAGAUCUGAAGAAACUUCAUAAGCCAGUGACUGACAUGUCUGAAUCUCUUGCGAUGCAUCAUGUUUUGAACACGAGCCACCUUGCCAGCACUUACCAGUACAAGAAGAAAUAUGAGAAAAGUAAAGGUCACUACCACGUGGUUCCAGAUAACCUUGAACAGAUCCAUCUAAAGGAGGCCUCAGAACUUCAGAGCAUAGUGAAGUACAAGGAAAAAUAUGAAAAGGAAAGAGGAAAGCCCAUGUUAGACUUUGAAACACCAACAUAUAUCACUGCCAAGGAAGCCCAACAUAUGCAGAGCGAGAAAGAAUAUAAGAAAGAUUUUGAAGAGCAAAUUAAAGGCCGGAAUCUUACUGGUUUGGAGAUUACACCAUCUUUACUGCAUGUGAAAUAUGCCACCAGAAUAGCAAGCGAGAAAGAAUACAGGAGAGAUUUAGAAGAAGGUGUCAGAGGUAAAGGUCUAACCAUUCUGGAAGAGACACCAGACUUACUUAGAGCAAAGAAUGCAACUUAUAUAUUGAAUGAGAAAGAAUACAAGAAAGCCCUGGAGAUGGAAAUCAAAGGAAGGGGCUUAACAGACCUUGCAUUGGAGACACCUAAUUAUCUGAGGGCAAAGAAUGCCACAGACAUUGCUAGUGAGAUUAAAUACAAGCACUCUGCAGAAAUGGAAAAAGCCAAUUAUACCACAGUUGUUGACACCCCAGAAAUCAUCCACGCACAUCAUGUGAAGAACUUAUCCAGUAAGAAAAAGUAUAAGGAGGAUGCAGAGAGAACCAUGCCAUACUAUGUGCCUGUGCUAGAGACACCAGAAAUACAGCGAGUCCGGGAAAAUCAAAAGAAUUUUAGUAUGCUUCAGUAUCAACAUGAUCUACAGGACAGUAAAGGAAAGGUUACAGUUGUAAAUGAAACACCAGAAAUAUUACGAGUUAAAGAAAACCAGAAGAAUUUCAGCUCGGUUUUAUAUAAAGAUGGCAUUGGAACAGGAACAGCAAUUGAAAAGACACCAGAGACACAGAGAAUUAGAAGAACCACAGAUGCAAUAAGCACGAUUAAGUACAAGGAACUCAUUGGAAAAGGAACUCCCAUUGCUGACCUUCCUGAAGUAAAACGUGUCAAGGAGACACAGCAGCACAUCAGCACGGUUAUGUACAAAGAGAAUGCAGGGCAAGGAACUGCAGUCCCAAUUACUCCAGAAAUAGAGAGAGUCAGACGCAAUCAAGAACACAUUAGCUCGGUGUCUUACAAAGAACAUGUGGGCACAGGAAUGGCAACUCCUGUUACUCCAGAAAUGGAGCGGGUCAAGCGUAAUCAGGAGCACAUUAGCUCGGUGUUAUACAAAGAGAAUUUAGGGUCUGGAACUCCAAUAACUAUUACUCCAGAGAUGGAGAGAGUCAAGCACAAUCAAGAAAUCUUUAGCUCGGUCCUAUACAAAGAAAAUCUAGGGACAGGCACCCCGACUCCUGUCACUCCUGAGAUGGAGAGAGUCAAACACAACCAAGAAAUCAUUAGCUCGGUAUUGUACAAAGAGAAUGUAGGGAAAGCAACCCCAACUUCUGUCACUCCAGAGAUGGAGAGAGUCAAACGCAAUCAAGAACACGUUAGCUCGGUUUUGUACAAAGAGGACGUAGGGAAAGGAACCCCUACACCUGUCACUCCAGAGAUGGAAAGAGUUAAACGCAAUCAAGAACACAUUAGCUCGGUUGUGUACAAAGAAGAUGUAGGGAAAGGAACUCCUACCCCUGUCACUCCAGAGAUGGAGAGAGUUAAACGCAAUCAAGAACACAUUAGCUCGGUUUUAUAUAAAGAGGGACUGGGGAAAGGUACCCCUACACCUGUCACUCCUGAGAUGGAGAGAGUCAAACGCAAUCAAGAACACAUUAGCUCGGUUGUGUACAAAGAGGACGUAGGGAAAGGAACCCCUACCCCUGUCACUCCAGAGAUGGAGAGAGUCAGACGCAAUCAAGAACACAUUAGCUCGGUUUUGUACAAAGAGGGUUUGGGGAAAGGUACCCCGAUACCAAUCACUCCUGAGAUGGAAAGAGCGAAGCGCAAUCAAGAGUUCAUUAGCUCGGUUCUCUACAAAGAAAAUUUGGGGCGAGCAACCCCAACACCAGUCACUCCUGAGAUGGAAAGAGCCAAACGCAGUCAAGAAAACAUUAGCUUGGUUUUGUACAAAGAGAGCCUGGGAAAAGGAACUCCAACUUCUAUCACUCCAGAGAUGGAGAGAGCCAAACGCAAUCAAGAAAACAUUAGCUCGAUCCUCUAUUCUGAUAGCUUCCGGAAGCAAGUACAAGGUAAAGCACCCUUUGUCCUGGAUACUCCUGAAAUGAGGCGUGUUCGGGAGACCCAACGGCACAUUUCCACAGUGAAAUACCAUGAAGACUUUGAAAAGACCAAAGGUAGCUUCACACCUGUAGUCACGGACCCCAUAACAGAACGUGUAAAGAAGAAUACACUGGACUUCAGUGACAUUAACUAUAGGGGCAUUCAGAGACGAGUAGUAGAAAUGGAGCAAAAACGAAUAGAUCAUGAUCAAGAACUGAAUAACUUAACAGGCCUUCGUGUAUGGCGUACUAAUCCUGGAUCAGUUUUUGAUUAUGACCCAGCAGAAGAUAACAUUCAGUCUAGAAGCUUACACUUGCUUGCAGUUCAAGCCCAGCGACGCAGCCGAGAACAUUCACGUUCUGCCAGUGCUCUCAGUCUCAGUGCCGGGGAUGAAAAAUCUGAGCAUUCAGAGGCUGCCGAUCAGCGCUUGUCCUAUUACACCAAUGGAGGCUUCUUUCCUCCAACUACCACAGCGGAUUACAAACAUGCCAAAACUGUAGAGCUGCCACAACAAAGAUCAUCUUCUGUUGUGACUCAACAGACUACAGUAUCUUCCAUCCCCUCUCAUCCAUCUAUUGCAGGGAAGACAUAUCGUGCCAUGUAUGACUACACAGCAGCAGAUGCUGAUGAAGUCUCUUUCAAAGAUGGUGAUGCAAUUGUCAACGUCCAAGCCAUAGAUGAAGGAUGGAUGUAUGGAACUGUGCAAAGAACAGGCAAAACAGGCAUGCUGCCAGCCAACUAUGUAGAAGCAGUUUAAACAAAGGAGACCACAUUGACAUGGACAAUAAAAAAGCCUUUUAGGCCCCAUCAGUUCAGUAUCAUUCUUAACACUCUCCAAACAGCCUUAUUAUUUUCCCUCUCUUGAUAAAGGUGAAGAAUUGUCUGACAUCUAAAUCUUUCAUGAAACAUUAUCCAUCCUAGUCAGAAUGCCAAUGGGAAAUGUCAACCUACCAACAUCCACCACUAUUGAUUAGAUUUUUAAGAGAGUUUUGGGUAUCUUAAAUUAUCACUCUUUUAAUCAAGCUGAAUUUGCACAAUUCAGUUUAUUUUCAUGAAACAUUGAAUUGUAUUGGUUUAAAUGGUUUUUCUUCUCAAGAGAUGCAGUGAUCACCCAUAAUAGUCUAAACACAGCUGAAUGUAUCAAUUUCUGUUUCUAGUAUACAACACCUCAGUCCAGUCAAAAGUGGAAAAGCCUCUCUUCUGCUCUGCUUAGAGAAUGCUGAUGCAUGCAUUUUUAAUCUGCGUGUUCUUGGGUCACAGUGCUGUUAUUCCCUCUCAGAUUAGUGACUAAUAAAUGUCAU